AUGCAAAUGAUACAAAGCAGUAUGAAGGAAUUACAGCAGCUCUUCUUCGAUCUAGCACUCUUAGUAGAUGAUCAGGGGGAAAUGAUCGAUUCCAUCCAAGUGAAUGUACAUUAA